AGAGAGAGAGAGAGAGAGAGAGAGAGAGAGAGAGAGAGAGAAGAGCUGAGAGUGUCAGAGAAAGAGUGUGUGUGAGAGAGAGAGGAGCAGAGAAAGAGAGAGUGAGGGAGAGAGAGAGUGAGUGAGAGAGAGAGAGAGAGAGAGAGAGGAGCUAAGAGUGUGUGUGUGAGAGAGAGGAGCAGAGAAAGAGAGUGAGGGAGAGAGAGGGUGAGAGAGAGAGAGAGAGAGAGAGAGCGAGAGAGAGGGAGAGAGAGAGAGAGAGAGAGAGAGAGAGAGAGAGAGAGAGAGAGAGGAGAGAGAGAGAGAGAGAGAGAGAGAGAGAGAGAGAGAGGGAGAGAGAGACUCCGCUCGCCAUGGACUUGGCUCGGCGCUUCUUUGCUCUUUCUCUCGCCCUUGGCGCCGCCGUCGCUUCCUUCUACGACGAGGGAGCUGUGGCUGACGGAUACUGCAGCCGCAUCGUCAGGUCGCCCGGCAGCCGGAGGGAGGGCAACACCGGCUUCAACCUCCGCAUCGAGGGCAAUCCCCAGUUCUACAGUCCGGGCAGCACGUACCGCGUCACCCUCUCAGCUACGGUGCCCUCCUACUUCCGCGGAUUCACCCUCAUUGCUCUGCGGGACGGCGAGGAUGGACACAGGGAGGAGGAUUACGCUGGGAACUUUCAGAUCAUUGACCAUGAGGACACACAGUUCAUGACCAACUGCCCGUACGCAGUCACGGAGAGCACGCCCCGGAGACGGACACGAAUUCAGGUCUUCUGGACGGCACCAGCGGCCGGUUCAGGCUGCCUUGUGUUGAAAGCAAGCAUUGUGCAGAAGCGGGUGAUCUGGUUCCAAGAUGAUGGGGCACUUACCAAGAGAUUGUGCGAGAAAGCGCCUAAUGAAGAGUUGGCCACAGAAAGACCCAUCCAGGACUGCUGUGCCUGUGGGACAGCAAAGUACCGGCUAACGUUUUAUGGAAAUUGGUCAGAGAAAACUCAUCCCAGAGAUUAUCCAAAAUUUGCAACACACUGGUCUGCCAUUAUCGGGGCAUCUCACUCCAAGUCCUACAUGCUGUGGGAGUACGGGGGAUUCGCCAGUGACGGGGUAAGGCAGGUCGCUGAGUGGGGCUCCCCUGUGAAGAUGGAAGAAGAAAUUCGACAGAAGGGGGAUAGCGUGUUGACCGUCAUCAAGGCAAAAGCACAAUGGCCUGCUUGGCAACCCCUGAAUGUGCGUGCGGCUCCAUCUGCAGAGUUCUCCGUCGAUCGCACACGGCACCUCAUGUCCUUCCUGGCGAUGCUAGGGCCCAGCCCAGAUUGGAACGUGGGUCUCUCUGCCGAGGACCUCUGCACCAAGGACUGUGGCUGGGUACAGAAGGUUGUUCAGGAUCUCAUUCCCUGGGACGCUGGGACUGAUAGUGGAGUGACCUACAUGUCCCCGAAUCAGAUGUCGGAUCCCCAAGAAAGGAUUAGACCGCUAACCAGCCUGGAUCACCCAAAGAGCCCCUUUUACGAUCCUGAGGGUGGACCCAUCAUACCUGUGGCCAGAGCUGUCAUUGAGAGAAUUGCAAGAAAGGGGGAGCAGUGUAACAUUCAGCCUGAUAAUGUGGACGAUAUUGUGGCAGAUCUUAAUCAGGAGGAAACGGAUGAAGAUGACACUCCAGAAACUUGUAUCUACUCCAACUGGUCUCAGUGGUCGGCCUGCAGCUCCUCAACCUGUGAGAAAGGGAAACGGAUGAGACAGAGGAUGCUCAAAGCCCAGCUGGACCUCAGCGUGCCCUGCCCUCACACUCAAGAUUUUGAACCAUGCAUGGGACCAGGUUGCCGUGACGAUGAUGCUUCGACGUGUAUGAUGUCUGAGUGGAUCAGCUGGUCUCCCUGCAGUCUCUCCUGCGGAAUGGGAAUGAGGUCUCGGGAGCGGUACAUCAAGCAGUACCCGGAGGACGGCUCUGCCUGCACUCUGCCUACAGCGGAGACCGAGAAGUGCACUGUCAACAUGGAAUGCUCAUCAAGCACCUGUUUUGUGACGGAGUGGGGAGAGUGGGAGGAGUGCAGUGCAAGCUGUGGCAUGGGCACCAGGAGCCGGCAGAGGACGGUCAAGAUGCAUCCAUCAGAUGGAUCUACCUGUCAGGUGGACACGGUUCAGACAGAGAAAUGUGAGAUGCCCGAUUGCCAGACCAUCCCGUGCAUGCUGACCCUCUGGUCAGACUGGAGUGAGUGCAGCGUGUCCUGUGGCAUUGGCAAGCGUGUGCGCCGGAGGAUGCUGAAGUCACUGGCCGAGGUGGGAGAGUGCAGCGAGGAGCUGGAGCAGAUGGAGAAGUGCAUGCUCCCUGAGUGUCCAACCGAUUGCAUGGUCUCUGAGUGGUCGGGAUGGUCCGAGUGUAACAAGUCUUGCGGCAAGGGCCACACAAUCAGGACCAGGAUGGUUAAGGUGGAACCUCAGUUUGGUGGAACACCUUGCCCAGAGACCGUCCAGCGCAAAAAGUGCAAGAUCCGGAGAUGCACAAAGAGGCAGGGAGAUGAGAAAAGGCGUCGGAAAGAAGCUCCGGAAAGGCAAAGGAACAGAGAGAUGAGAGGGGAGCCGAAAAUUCCGGAGCAUACAGGAUGCAAGAUGAAACCAUGGACUGCCUGGUCUGAUUGUACCAAGUAUUGUGGUGGAGGCAUUCAGGAGCGUUUCAUGGCUGUGAAGAGAAAAUAUCGCACUGCACAGCUGUCCAGCUGCAAGGAUAUGAGAGAGAUUCGAGCGUGUAACGUCCAUCCGUGUUAGGAGGUGUGGCUGGCUUUCCCGCUCACAGAUAGACGCACUGCUUUUUGUUCUGAAGUGAUGGAAUAGUAUUUUAAUUUUUUUCUGACACAAAAUCUUUCCAUAUCUGUAACCUUUAUAAACGUUCCAAGAUCGCUACACACAUACAGGCAUAAGUGUGCUUGCACGCACACACACACACACACACACACACACACACACACACCCUGCACUCAUACUCACGACCUGAUUAGAAAGAAGUCUGGCCUGUUUAACCUGUGGUCACAUCUUAUUUUAAUUUUUAUGCACUGUGUGAUGUUAUUUUUCUCCAGAGUGUUAAAACCUUUGCAUCAUAGCUGUUGGUGUGAGAUUUUUUAAAAAUAAAAAUGAAUUCAUUUAUUAUACAAGACUUAGAUGCCUUAUCAAAAUAACAUUUACUGUUUGUUCUUUCAUGGUAAGAAGAAUAAAGAUAAAGAAACUCAAUAGUCUUAAUAAUUAAAAUAAAUAGUUUUAAUUUGCCUAUUGUUUGUUACAUUCAGUGGUACUUUUCUUGAUGCCCCAAGUGAUUCGAUCAAGAGCUUGGCAGAAAUAUUCCAAGAUUCCUUUUUGAUGUUGUUAGAUGUGUUUUUUGAAAACUCAUUGUUAAACUGAGAGACAGAGAGUGAGAGAGGGGGAGAGAGAGUGAAUGAGAGAGAAAGAGAGAGAAAGAGAGAGUAAGAGGGAGAGUGAGAGAAAGUGAGAAAGAAUGAGAGAGUGAAAGAUUGAGAAAGAGAGAUUGUGUGAGAGAGAGUGUGUGUGAGAGAGAGAGAGGGAGAGAGUGGAAGCAUGAGUGAGUUUCAUUAGUAUAACACACACUUUACCUAUUUUACCAUUUCUAUAAAAAGAAAAAAAAGAAAAAUCGAUAAUUUUGUUUAUAUAUUAACUUGUCCGGUUACCACGCUUGACAAUAAAACAAAAUGGCAAUAACAUUA